ACAUAAUUGUUAUGGAAUACGAUGGCAACCCUGUUUCCAUAUGAGCUAACACAAAUUGUUCGACUUUUUUUGCUUUCAAUUCAUUGCGAGUUUUGUUUUAAGUAAAAUUGGUUGUAUACGGAAUGCACAAACACUGAAAAAAUUAAACGUAAACAAAUUUAUUUAAUUUAUAAAUUUAAUGUAGCACACGACAAAAGUUAAUUUGAAUUGGAAAUAAAAAGUGAAAAAAAGUCAUUUCAUUUGAAUAAUAUUCGCAUGCUUACAUUCUCGGAUGCACGUUAAUGUCAAAGCCGUAAUCUAACCAAAAAAGGAACCAAAUGUAAUUUUAAGCAAAUAAAAAGGACUAAUAUUGAAGUCUGCAUAUAUAUAAAAAUUUAAAAAAAAUGAGUUUAUCCACGACACUUACUUUAAGUCCAGUUUCAUCUACGGAAAAUUUACAACAAACUCAAUUUUACCAAACCCCCAGUAAAAAUAGCGGUGUUUUUUAUAAUUUUACACGUGAGACAAUUGAUGAAAAAGAUAAUGAUUUCUUAUAUAAUCCCAGUACUCUCAACAAUUCAUAUAUGCUAUUACCAACAGAGGAUACACAACUGCUGGAAAAGGCUCCAAAUCCAAACACAGUUUCAAUAUCAUUGAGUAAUAAAAGUGGCAACUACAGCAGCACAUUAAAAACUAAAUCUACGAUAAUUAAACAAGAUAGCUCUAAUGGACGCAUCGCCACCAGCCUAACAGAUAGUGAUAGCGAUAGUAGCAUUGUAUCGGGUAGAGUCUGUUGUCCAACAUCAGUUGUGGAUGCAGAAGAGGAACAAGAGGCGUUUCUAAUAGAUGGACCAAGUCCCUCAACUAACACACCCACUCGUCGCAGUUUAAGUAAAAAGCGAAAUACGAGCUGUUACCGAAUGAAUGCGUUCCUCUGUCGUACUUGGUACUUAAAUUAUAUCGUACCGCUCUCGAUAUUAUUGGCACUUAUGUUUGUUGCCUAUUUAACACGCGACUAUGCGAAACGGUUGCUUUAUUGGAUCGAAACUCAAAACCCGUGGGUGAUAUUCGCGUUAUUUAUAGUGUUAUUUAUUGUUGUAAGUUUUCCAAUUGUCGUCGGUUAUUUCGUUUUAAUGAUAACGGCGGGAUAUUUAUUCGGAUUUCUUAAGGGAUUUCUAACUGUGAUACUGGGUGCAAAUUUGGGCAUUGCAAUUGCGCACUUAACCAUUCGAAGUUUUAGGCAUCGGAUACCAAUGCAUAAGUAA